GACCGAUUUUAAUAAUCAUAGACGAAAAAUUGAAGAAAGAGCAGGACACAGAAAGACCGGGUAUUUAUUACGAAAUAAAUAACUCGUGGGCUAUAAUUAAUUAUUCUGUUAACAGAAAAAAAUCGUAACUAUCUUUAAAAGUUCCUAUUUUUUAGAACCUAUAUUUUUUAAGGUCAAAAAAGGCUUUUUUACAUGCGGAAAAAUAGACUGCUGCUUGGGGAAAAAGAGUUCUUAUCUAUAGUGAUGUAUCUGAAGUGUAAUGGGAUUAAUUUUCUCUAAAGUCUGGAGUACACUUUUUGGAGACAAAGAACACAAAGUCAUUAUUGUUGGUUUAGAUAAUGCAGGGAAAACAACAAUACUUUACCAGUUUUUAAUGAAUGAAGUUGUGCAGACAUCUCCAACGAUUGGAAGUAAUGUGGAAGAGGUUAAAUGGAAAAACACACAAUUUUGCAUGUGGGAUAUAGGUGGUCAAGAUUCUUUGCGAAAAGACUGGUCAACAUAUUAUUCCACUGCUGAGUUCUUGAUUUUCGUGAUUGAUAGUACUGAUAGAGAAAGAUUACAUAUUUCAAAAUCUGAAUUAUACAAUAUGCUGUCACAUGAAGAGCUGCGUCAUGCUAGUUUGCUGGUAUUCGCAAAUAAGCAGGAUGUGAAGGGCUCUAUGUCUACGGCAGAAUUAUCUGAACAACUGAAUUUAACAUCUAUUCGAGAUCAUGGCUGGCACAUGCAGGCUUGCUGUGCUUUAUCUGGAGAAGGGUUGUACCAAGGUCUUGAAUGGUUGGCUCAGCGAGUUCAAAAGUGAUUAAUCUUCUAGGAAAUAUUUUCAAAUUAUUUUAUAUUUUAGCUUUAUUUUAUUAUUUUCCCCGACAUGCACAGUGUAUAAAAUUGCCACCCAUCUCCGUGUUAACGAAACAGAUUCUGGUUUCGCUUGAUUUUGGUAGAAAACACAGUGUCCUGUUCGAAUUACCUGUAUCUUCUUUUGCUGGUCAGUUUAAGCCGGCGUGCAAAGCGCCAGUACCUUCAAUGAAUAAAAAGAAAGGUAUCAAAGCAAAAGAAAUUGAAACUUUUACCCGGGAAUCGCUUUUUAAAUGCAAUUCCCGUGUAAAAGUUUCAUUUUAAGAGAGCGUGUAAGAAAGACUAUCUACUUUACUCGUAAUAAUUUUGUCCAGGACAAAGAAUUGUACUAUUUUUUAAUUGUUCUUUGCGGAGGGAUUUAAUCUUGCGUAAAUAGUUAUUGUAGUACUUAGUUCAUAAAAUCGUGCUCUUUACAAUCACUAGCUGUUUCAUUUGUAUAAAACGACUUGCAUAAUCCGCAAGUACUUAUGUCACCUUAUGUUAUAAAUAGCCCCAACAUUAUACGGACGAAGUAAGUAUGCCCACAAGGCUAUGUGCUAUUCGCUAUAGUAACAAAAUACUUAAAUUUAUGAACUUGUUUAACUUUUCGAUUAAGUUAUAAUUAUUGGAUUGGAGUUAAUCUUAUGUUGUUUGCUGCCUUUAGUUUUGUGGGGUGGUUAACAAGUGAAUUUAUUUUAAUAUCAAAUCGGUGUAAUAUUUAUAAGAAAAAUGUAGGUGUUCUUUUUUUCUCAAUUUUUUGUUACAACACCACAAGACGAGUAUUCUUGUUGAGUUUUUGUUUUAAAUUUUUUUUGUGUUUGCAAAAGUACAAUACUAAAGGCUUGUUUAGUCAAUUAAUUUAACAUGAGAUGUUAGACUGCAGUUCUAAGAACACUCCACCUUCACCUUCUGGACAGGAAAACUACUUUUUGUAAUGUUGGAUAAAAAACACGCCACACGGAGGAAUUAUUUGUCACAUAAAACACAAUUUUUAAAUCUUAGGAAGUGUAACCAUGUUUGGUGUUAAAAAAAAUUUUGGCUUUCCUAUUUUAGUACGUAUUAAGGUGAAUUUCCAUUAAACAUGUCCGCCCUAGAAAUUCUCGAAUGUGGUUCGCUGUAGAAAUUAUCACUUAACCAAAAGAAAAAGUUUAAACUGAACCAAUUAAAAUAUUGAAUUUGUAUGCAUAAUUAAAACGUGAACCGAGUUGAUUUAAUGGAAGUUCGACUGUGAUGUAGCCAUUUUGUUGUAUGAUUGUAUUUAUAUGAAGAAAAAAAACAUAGGUCGUAUUCCGAGAAUAUAUAUGAACAUUUUACUUUUAAAA